CCGAUGAUGCCGCAGCAGGUUUGAAAUGUGCCUUCACCAGUUCACGUUCAACGUUACGACCAUGCGUCACUGUCUGUUCAAUUUCGCUUUCCUGGCUAUUGCCGUCUUCGUUUAUCAUGGCUUUCCGAUUAAGGCACAGUCCGCCAUAUCGGAUGCGAGUCCCAUAAAGGUGGACGUUUAUUACGAAUCCUUAUGUAGUGACAGCAUGCGAUUCAUCGUAAACCAACUCGUACCAUCAUAUCGAGAAUUAAAGAAUCAUAUCAAUGUCACUAUGAUUCCUUACGGUAAAGCUACGCAUAUACGUGAAAGCGAAACCGGUCCGUGGCAGUUCACGUGUCAACACGGACCCGCCGAGUGCCGCGGAAACAAGGCCCAGGCGUGUGCGAUUCACGCCAUAGAAUCCUUCGAGGCUGUCCAGAACCAUCAGCACCUGACGAUCAGGCUGGUCGGUUGUGCAAUGUCCGCUAGUAAUCCGUCGACCGCUGUUCCGAAGUGUUCUCAAGACAUCGGUUUGAGCGAAGAAACACGAAAAGCAAUUACUGAUUGCACCGCGAGUUCGCUCGGAGACGAUUUGCUCGCAGCAAACGGCGACAAAACGAACGCCCUCGAGCCAUCACUUACAUUCGUACCGACGAUAGUACUGAAAGGGGAGUAUUCGCGGGAGAAUCAAAAUGAGGCAUUGAACAACUUCUCUAGAUUGAUUUGUCGACAUUUGACAACAGAGAAAAAACCAAGUCUCUGUGACACAGCGUGAAUGCAGAAGAAUUAAAGGAAAAAAAUAAUAAUAAAGCGACCGAUCGACGCGUUAGAGGUGCGGGGAUAAAUAAUCGUUCGGUCGAGAUUAUAUAAUUGUUUGCUUAUAAUAUCUAUACAAUAAGUGCCUAUGUACAAAAAUAUAUAUGAUUUAUCUCAA